AUGGCGUUGCACCUAUUCCAGCUAGACAUCUCUGUGAAACAGGGACGGGAUAAAGUCCGAGAAAUGUUUAUGAAGAAUGCCCAUGUCACAGACCCCAGGGUGGUUGAUCUUCUGGUCAUUAAGGGAAAGAUGGAACUGGAGGAGACGAUUAAAGUGUGGAAGCAGCGGACGCACAUCAUGCGGUUCUUCCAUGAAACAGAAGCACCAAGGCCAAAGGAUUUCCUGUCCAAGUUUUAUGUUGGCCAUGACCCGUGAAGUCCUACUCAGUGGAAAGGUGCAUAUAAUUUAAAUAUUUUAGAGCACAAAUAAAUUCAAUAUAUGAUGUUCA